AUGCCGUUGAAGAGAUCCCAUUCACAGAGACAGUUUGAAGAAGAUUCAUCAUCUGAUGAUGAUGACUACUUUAUAUUAGGAGCUGCUCAAAUUGUCCAUAGUUUUUCCAAUGUCAGAAGAGGUCAUGGUGGCUCUAUCCCUGGGCGUAUGAAGAUUUAUCGUGAUAGGCAAGGAGGCCACGACAGGAUGUUUCGAGAUUAUUUGGCGGUUAAUCCAACGUUCGGACCAGCAAUUUUCCGUCGCAGGUUCAGGAUGUCUAGGGAGCUUUUCCUAAGAAUAAUGAAUGCUAUCGAAGCGCACGAUGACUACUUUGUGCAAAAACGGGAUUGUUGCAAUGAACUGGGAUUGAGUUGCUUCCAAAAAGUCACUGCCGCUUUUCGGAUGCUUACUUAUGGGGUACCAGCUGAUGCUACAGAUGAAUAUGUUCGCAUUGGCGAAAGCACAGUGCUAGAGAGCCUAUGUCGGUUUGUGGGUGCAGUUGUCGAGAUUUUUGAAGAUGAGUACCUGAGAUAUCCCAAUGAGGCAGAUACAAAACGCUUACUGGCACUCGAUGAGAAUAAAGGGUUUCCAGGAAUGUUAGGGUCCAUCGAUUGUAUGCACUGGGCAUGGAAGAACUGUCCGUAUGAAAAACAAGGUCAAUAUAAAGGGCAUGUGGACAAGCCCACUAUCAUUUUGGAGGCAGUUGCUUCACAUGACCUUCGGAUAUGGCAUGCCUUCUUCGGAAUGCCAGGUUCACAUAAUGAUAUCAAUGUUCUUCACCGGUCUCCUUUGUUUGCAAUCUUGGCAGAAGGUACAGCUCCACAGGUUAAUUAUACUGUUAAUGGGCAUGAGUACACUAUGGGUUACUAUCUAGCUGAUGGUAUAUACCCCUCAUGGGCUACUAUAGUCAAGUCCAUCACUCUUCCUAUGGGGAACAAGAGACAGUACUUUGCCAAGGCGCAAGAAGCAGCAAGGAAGGAUGUAGAGCGGGCUUUCAGAGUUCUGCAGGCUAGGUUCCCCAUUGUUCGAGGACCAGCUCGCUUUUGGGACACACAGACAUUGGCAUUGAUCAUGAGGGCUUGUGUGAUCAUGCACAACAUGAUCGUUGGGGAUGAAGGAUCGGUCGACCCUGACGAGCGUUUCGAUGGCGGUGGUCAAAAUGUGCAACCCGGUCGUGGGCAGGCUACUCGUACUCUUGAUGAAUUUAUUGAAGCGCACAGAAAGAUCAGAGACGACGAAACACAUUUUCAGUUGAAGGAAGACCUCAUCGAGCACCUGUGGAGUCAUUAUUCGGGUUUAUAUUAG